AUGCUCUGCAAAAUAUGCACUACUGGCCUUCAAGGCAUCUGGGAUCCUACCAAAGCCCACCGUGUGGCCCUUUUGCAAGAUUUCCAAGAACACAGCUCUGAAGAAGAAGGCGAAGUGCAGGAAGACAAGUUUGUCACCCGAGUCGACACGUAUCAGGCUGUCGAACACAACCCCGAGGCUUUGCAUCCAGAAAAGUACGUCUUUGGACAUCACAAAUCCCGCGAGUCUUUUGAGAGAUCAGUUCGCAAUGGCUGCGUCAUGUGCAAAAUCUUUGCAGCGGAUGUCGACAGCCCAGAAGGAAAGAUUGCCACCUACGGGUACUUUUCCCUCUUUGCCAUUAGCUUCCAGGAAAAUCCCGUCAUGUUUGUCUACGUCAACGGUGCCUCGGGGGGCUUUGAACUGUGCCGUCAUGUCGAAGACAACAACUGGAACCUCGACAUCAGUCCCUCGACGGGCGAUGACAAGACUUGGAAAAUAAUCCAGUCCUGGCUAAACACCUGUAUCGAAUCUCACAAUCGCUGCAACAGACAGCCGCCAGAUAAACUAAUGCCUGAUCGGUUGAUUCAGAUACAACAGCAACUUGAUGGAGACUUGACUUUCCAAAUUGUCCCUGGCACCCAGGUCGGACUUGGCUCCCGUUAUAUAGCAGUCAGCCACUGCUGCAAUGAUGCAGACAACGUCAAGCUUACUCGCCAGAAUCUGGACCAGCACUCUAGCCCCCAGUCGUGGACUCUGCUGCCGCUGACAUUUCGUCAGACUCUCGCUGUUGCAGCUAGGCUCGGGGUUGCACACAUUUGGAUAGAUCAGCUCUGCACUGUCCAAGAUGACGCGGCAGAAGUGGCCGCAGCAACAGCUAAACGAGCGGAUGUCUUUCGAAAUUCCUUCUUGGCUGUCGGAGUCUCGGGUACCACGAGCGCUUCAUCCGGCCUCUUUUCAACACGCGAUCCGUUCCUUGUGGCGCCCACAGUGUUUGACUUCCCCAUCGAUACAGAUGGGACGACCGUUCCACACCUCUCGUCUUGCGAGCACCCCGAGGGAUGGGAGAGCGCAUUUAACGCCAACCCACUUUCUCAUAGCGCUCAAGCUAUCUCAGACCGUAUCCUUGCCCCACGUAUGGUGCACUUUGGCAGCACCAUGGUCUUUUGGGAGUGCCAUCAUUCCAAAUGUGCCGAAAUCCACCCACACGGUGUGCACAAGCCGGAACUAGGCAGCAUCUACAAGCUCCUCGGUGUAAGCAACCAAAAUAAGGCUCCCGAGUCUGAUGGAAAAUGGACUCAUGUGCCGUGGAAGUCGCUCAUCAAUGCCGCUUCUCGGGAUGCCGGGCACGGGCCCAUUCACCAAGUCUUUUAUGAUUGGGUGCGUCUCUUGGAGACAUAUGCCGGUUGCAAGUCUACAACAGCAAGAGACAAACUCGAAGGGCUACAGGGAAUUGCAGAGCACAUGAGACUCAUGCUACAGGAGCGUGGAUGUACAGACAUUCAAUAUGCGGCAGGGAUGUGGCAGGCUCUGCUCCCCGGCAGCCUGAUGUGGACGGUGGACGACGGCACUCGCAUCGUAUCAGCCGACGUUCCGUCAUGGAGCUGGGCAUCCCUUGAUGGAAAACUCAAUUUCCCUGUCACGGAACCCUUUGAUGGCGAGAAGGAAGAUAUGCUCUGCGAGUUUGUCAAAUUUGAGUCUCAACAUGAGGGUAAUCCAUUGAAGGAGCGCCUUGUCGUCAAGGGAAAGCUGGCUCUGGCGCAUCUACACCCUCGAAUGACUUCGCCACGCUUCCAUGGUGAUCCAAAAGUGCUGAUCCGGCAGUUUGUCGACGAAGAUGUCCCCGAGGUGUGCCUUGGUAAGCCGUUUCCCGAGUUUAGCACGGAUUACGACUAUGAAUGGGCAGUGCGGUUCGACACAGAGGCCGAUAUUGCAGAGGCGGUGCUAUGUCUGCCGCUUCGCCUCGAAUCGGCAGACCGGCUCGGAUACACGGUCCAUGGAUUGGCGCUGACAAGGCUCGAUGAUGGGACGCUAUGUCGCCGAGGAACAUGGAGGACUCUGGUUGACAGUCGAGAAGAAGGUCUAGGGAUUUUCGCGGGACUGCCGGAGAGAAGUAUGACGCUCGUUUAA